CCAGUGGUAAUCCCAUCUCGAAAGUAAUCAGCUGUUGCGUGAAGUAGAAGCAUUUUAUUUUACUAUUGUAAAAGAGAAAUGCAAGAUUUGAGAAACGCGGACACGCUGCGACUGCCAAAUGGCGACGGAGCAGCAGCCAACGACGAGGUCAAGUCCCCGUUCCUGAUCGGCGUGGCCGGCGGAACGGCUAGCGGCAAGUCCACUGUGUGCAUGAAGAUCAUGGAGCAACUUGGCCAGGCGGAAAUGGAUCACACGCAGCGCCAGGUGGUGUCCAUCAGCCAGGACAGCUUCUACCGCGAGCUGACGCCCGCCGAGAAGGCCAAGGCCCAGAAGGGCCUCUUUAACUUCGAUCAUCCGGAUGCCUUCAAUGAGGAGCUCAUGUACAGCACGCUUCAGAACAUCCUGAAGGGCCACAAAGUGGAGAUACCCAGCUACGACUAUCGCACCAACUCGCUCGACUUUGAAAAUGUUUUGGUUAUCUACCCAGCCGAUGUGGUCUUGUUCGAGGGCAUCCUGGUAUUUUACUUUCCCAAGAUACGCGAACUGUUCCACAUGAAGCUGUUCGUGGACACGGACUCUGAUACCAGAUUGGCCAGAAGAGUGCCACGUGAUAUCAAUGAGCGUGGUCGGGAUUUGGAUGCUGUGCUUACCCAGUAUAUGACCUUCGUAAAGCCGGCUUUCGAGGAGUUCUGCUCGCCCACGAAAAAGUUUGCUGACGUUAUUAUACCACGAGGCGCCGACAACACAGUUGCCAUUGAUCUUAUUGUACACCAUAUCGGGGAGAUUCUCGCCACUACCAACAGCGCACAGCACAGCAACACAGUCAGGGUAGCGGCGUCUAGCAUGAAGCGAGAUCACUAAACGCAAAUAUAAACUCGCUUCUGAGGCGGCCAAUUCCUCGUCCUAGCGCCGCGUCUUGAGCUUGUACUAAUUGCCAAAAAACAAAAGUCCAAAAGCUAAUGAAACUUAUAGAAACUCGUGGCAGCGCAGCACACUAAGGCAAAUGUCCAUUAUUGAGCGCCGGCAUCGCUUCUCAUUUGGUCUUCUCAUCGUAACCGAUUAACGUAGUCCUAAGAUUGAAAAGUAUCUACUUAGUAUCUACUCUUGCAAAUGUUCAAUAAUACAUGGUAGUGUGUAUGUAAGCUCGUUUCCGUUCAUCAAGAUAACCCAAACCAACCCAGCGAUUGCGAUUCCAGUCAAACUUCAGUCCUAAGUUAUACAAAAUUCGACAGUUAAAACUUAACCCUGGUGCCUCAAUUGGCUUUAUUCCGAGGAUCUAAGCACUAUUCACCAAACCACAUAUUUUACACAUCUAACUAUUGUAUCUAUAUUCUGAUGCCCGAUACUUUGAAUGUUAUAAGCAAUAGCUUUAUUAAGUUUUAUAAGCAACAUUUUCUUGAAUUUCUAAACUAUUUUGUAUGAACUCCUGAUCAUAUGUGUUAACUACUUUGCGAUUAAGUAGCUUUGCUAACGUUAAGCAUAAUUUUUUCAGUAUCAGCAACAUUAUGGACUCAUAAUUAACUCAUUCCUUAAACUCAUAAAUUUUGGUCAUAUACUUUACAUAGAUGUUCCUAUGAAUUCCUCUACUUAAUACAACUAACUAUAUAUUAGUUUUAAAGCAAUAUUAAGCCCCAAAAAUCAAUGGGUUACUAAAUAUUAGGUUCUUGUACCAUAAGUACCGGGCAUCUGUGAAGUCGGAACCUGCGACUUUGGUGUUAUCGAAUAGCGUCCCUUUUAAACACUUUAAUGCAGUCUCAAAUACACAAAUGGAAGACAGUCAUUAGCCUAACAAGGCGUGAAGAUAAA